CUGUAGAGCUCAUCAGAUUCUUGCAUAAAACUACAGAUUUCCAAAGUUAUCAAUUACUUAUAUAUGUACAUUAUAAUUUUAGUCUUUAAAUAAUAUGUAGAAUAAAAUAUUUAAAGGAUUUGUCUUUCAUAAAAUAUAUUUUUAUUCCUUUGAGCCAAAAAUUAAUUAGCAAGAAGGCUGUAAAUGCAUAUUUUCUAAGUAACAAUAGGAAAUCCUCCCCCUCCAAAAAAAAAAAAAAAUGAAAAAAAUAAGAAGCAGAAGAACGAAACAGUGGGUUGAUUUCAUAGGGCCCACCUGACACUCCAUCCCCUCUUCGUUAGAGAGUCCUCUGGCAUCCUGAGGCCCAGCCUCCGCGUUUCCUUCAGGUGACUCACCGUCUGAUUCCUGCUGCUUCAGGAACUGCUCUGCCCCAGUCUACAGAUCUCACCUGCUCUUGGGUGUGAGUCACUGACAUUAGCAAGAGAGCAAGUUGCUCCAGUUGUUCCUGAACAGGAGACUCUGCAAGGUGCCCAGAGGACCAUCUCAAGACGGGUCGGGAAGCACCUACCUUCUCUGGCAGGGAGCAAAAUGUUUCUUUUUCAUGCUUUCCCCAAAACUCCACAUCUCUGCCAACCUUAGUUUUAAGGUGUAUUCUUACUUAGAGUUGAGAAGCCUGUUUCAACUUAAAGACACCAGUAUCAGGUGAAUGGAGGACAACCAGCCACCGCAAUGAAAGAAAUUAAACCAGGAAUAACCUAUGCUGAACCCUUACCUCAACCAUCCCCCAGUAUUUCCUGACACGUAUUUUUGCUGACAGCCCAUCAUAACUAAAGAAUGGGGUUCAACCUGACAUUUACAAAAUUACCAGAUACCGAGCCGCUCGGCCAAGGGAGCCGCGUUCCAGGUAAUGCCAGCGAUGGCCUCGGAAGGAACACCACCCUUAACAACGAGUUCGACACCAUCAUCAUGCCUGUGCUUUACCUCGUUGUGUUCGUGGCAAGCCUCUUGCUGAACGGUCUAGCAGUGUGGAUCUUCUUCCACAUUAGGAAUAAAACCAGCUUCAUAUUUUAUCUCAAAAACAUAGUGGUUGCUGACCUCAUAAUGACGCUGACAUUUCCGUUUCGAAUAGUCCAUGAUAUAGGAUUGGCACCGUGGUACUUCAAGGCCAUCCUCUGCAGAUACACCUCCGUUUUAUAUUAUGCAAACAUGUAUACUUCCAUCGUGUUUCUUGGACUGAUCAGCAUUGAUCGCUAUCUGAAGGUGGUAAAGCCUUUCGGGGACUCUCGCAUGUACAGCAUAACCUUCACGAAGGUUUUAUCCAUUUGUGUUUGGGUGAUCAUGGCUAUUUUGGCCUUGCCAAACAUCAUCCUAACAGAUGUUCAACCAACUAAAGAAAAUAUUCAUGACUGCAUGAAACUUAAGAGUCCCUUGGGAGUCCAAUGGCAUAAUGUAGUCAUUUACCUCAAAAGCUGCUUGUUUGUGGCGGUACUGGUGGUCCUGAUCGGAUGUUACAUAGCCAUAUCCCGGUACAUCCACAAGUCCAGCAGGCAGUUCGUCAGCCAGUCAAGCCGGAAGCGCAAACACAACCAGAGCAUUAGGGUGGUGGUGGCUGUGUUUUUCACCUGCUUCCUGCCAUAUCACUUGUGCAGAAUUCCUUUCACUUUUAGUGACUUAGACAGGCAUUUAGAUGAAUAUGCACACAAAAUCCUGUAUUACUGCAGAGAACUGACACUUUUCUUGUCUGCGUGCAAUGUGUGCCUGGACCCAAUAAUUUACUUUUUCAUGUGUAGGUCAUUUUCAAGAAGGUUAUUCAAGAAAUCAAAUAUCAGGACCAGGAGUGAAAGCAUCAGGUCACUGCAAAGUGUCAGACGAUCGGAAGUCCGCAUAUAUUAUGACUACACUGAUGUGUAGUAGUUACAGGCUAGGAGACCUCCCCUUGUUUGUUGAUAUGUACAAACUGCAAAUAAAUGUUUCUUUUGAUUAA